CGGCAGCGACGACGACGACGCUCAACCUCGGAAUCCGAGGCUACCUUUGCUAUUGCCAUGGCCAGAGGCCGUUCCCCAGCACAGUCCAGUACGUCCGGCUCCGACAACGAGGACGACAAUUACAAUAAAUCGGCCAUCUUCACCCCCUCUGACACGUCUAACAUCGUCCCCGCGAAGUGGCCAUCUCGUGUGCAGUAUCUCCCGCUCGUCUCCGAUAGCCCUCCUUCAUCCCCGGCUUUACGUCUUCCUCCAGAAAUUCUCAUUCAUAUUCUGAAACAUCUACACUCCUGCAAGGACCUGUAUCAUUCUUUACUGGUGUCUCGAUCAUGGUGUGAAUGCGCCGUCGAACUGCUGUGGUGCAGACCCAAUGUCUCCAAGCUGUCCACAUUGGCCAAGAUGAUGCGUGUCUUGUCUCGCGAUGACCAGACGUUCGUAUACGCCUACUUCAUCCGUCGUCUGAACUUCCUCUACCUGGGUAGCGAUCUGUCCGACUCCUUGCUCUCCCGCCUUGCGCAUUGCGUGAGGUUAGAGCGCCUCACCCUGAUCAACUGCACUUCGAUUUCCGACGAUGGCCUCACGCGCGUUUUGCCAUGCUGCCCGAAUCUGGUGGCCCUUGAUCUGACAGGCCUUUCAGAUAUCACUGACCGGUCUAUUGUCGCGCUUGCAUCGUCAGCGAAAAGGCUGCAAGGCAUCAACCUUGGAGGGUGCAGAAUGCUCACAGAUGUCUCUAUCCUUGCUCUUGCUGCCAACACGCCAUUACUACGCAGAAUCAAACUAAGCAAUGUAGACAAAAUCACCGACGCAGCUAUGUCGGCGAUCGCAAAGUCUUGUCCACUUCUGCUAGAAAUUGACCUUAAUAAUUGCAGACUGAUUACGGACAGCGCCGUACGGGAUAUUUGGUUGCAUUGCGCGCAAUUGCGCGAAUUGCGGCUCUCGCACUGCGUCGAGCUCACAGACGCUGCAUUCCCUGCUCCUCUGAAGCCGGAAAUUACCUUCGUACCUGGAUUCCGUCCCUUCCCAUCAUCCAAGCCCUCGGCAUCGGACGAGCUUCUUCCUCUCCGCCUUUCUCGAAUCGUCGAGUUACGCAUGCUAGAUCUAACGGCCUGCUCGCAAAUUACUGACGAUGCCAUCGAGGGUAUUGUCACUGCCGCGCCGAGGUUGCGGAAUCUAGUACUCGCAAAAUGUGCUCAGAUUACCGACCGCGCAGUGGAGAGCAUAUGCAAACUUGAACGCAAUCUCCAUUACUUGCACCUAGGACAUGCAAGCAACAUCACGGACUUAUCUGUGAGGGGUCUGGCUCGCUCCUGCACGCGCCUUCGAUAUAUUGAUCUCGCAAACUGCAUACAGCUCACCGACAUGUCCGUCUUCGAGCUUGCGAGUCUACAGAGACUGAAACGUGUUGGUCUCGUUCGCGUCAACAAUCUCACCGAUCAAGCGGUAUAUGCCUUAGCAGACCGAUACGCGACCCUCGAGAGAAUCCAUCUGUCUUAUUGUGACCAAAUCACCGUUUUGGCGGUUCACUUUCUCUUGCAAAAGCUUCCGAAACUUAGCCACCUCAGCCUUACUGGUAUACCAGCAUUUCGGCGGCCUGAGUUGCAAGGGUUUUGCCGGACACCUCCGCAGGAAUUCAACUCAACCCAGCGGGCGGCAUUCUGUGUUUACUCAGGAAAGGGUGUCGCAGAGCUCCGCAAUUUCUUGAAGGAUCUUUUCAACCACAUCACCCAGGAAACCAGUGAAGCCGACGAAACCGAAUACGAGGACCAUGUCUACGUUAACAUUCCGAGCUAUAUCGAUGACGUCGAGGCACAAGAAGACAACGAGGAGACGGAAGAUGGCGAAGAAGGGGUAUUGGCGGAGGUUUAUACACAUCAUCCGAACACCGUUGUGUCUCGCAAUGAUUACAGGACAAAUGGGGCCAACGGAGCUGAUGAACACUACGCUCCGUACGAUGGAUCCGUUCAUACAAGGCAACCGAUCGUGGCCCCUAGACAAUUGGUGGCGCCGAGGGGACGACGCGACCACCCUGUUGCAUCCUCGAGUGCAGCCGUAGAGCCAAACUGGACUAACGGGGAACCAUGGUCGUCCAUCGAGAUCACAGGUACCGCCCGCCGUGGAAGAGGUUUCGGUCAGCAGCCUAUCAUUGAGCUGUCAACCUCGCCUACUCCGAGCGAUGCUGCAUCGAAUCGUAGUGGCGGUACCAACCAAUCUACCGGUACUGGGUUCUUCCGUUCCUAUACAGAAGCCUCAGUCGCCGCCGCGGCAGCACCGAGAAACGGGACCAUGACUCCCGAUUUGGUGUUUGCUGAGAUAGGGCACGGACGAGGUACAGGACCAGGACCUAGCACGAUACUCCUGCAAGGACAAAUCGUCCGCGGGUCUGACGCGGCGGGGGUUGGAGUAGCGAAUGGAUUCCACCCGGGUGCAUCCGUACAUUCUCUACCACCUCCUCGUACGUUCUCGUAUUCAUCCGCAAGCUCUGUCCGUCUCCCGGUAGUGGACAACGACACAUCGCCGGACUACCCCCAUGACCCACGCGUUCUAGUAGAUUCAUCCAAUUCGUAUCAGCACAGCGCAGUCCGUACUGAAGAUGUCGCCAGUUGGUCUACGGCCCAGCAUGAGGCUGCGUCGCGAUCGCUAUCCGAUUCGUCGACGACGCGAGAGUUGCAGGAGUCGAUCCACUCCGCUUUAGCUUCACAGUCAGGCUUUUUCGACAAUCAUGAAGGAGAUUCAACAGGCCGGAGCGUGAAAAGAAGCCUGAGGAAUACCAUCAAUGCGGCAGAACAGUAUGCUAGCUCCUUCCUCUUCCGCGGUAGAAGCGGAAGCGGGGCUGGGCAGGAUGGUUCUGCAGGAGCUUCGAGCAACCGGGACAGCCAUGCCCGUGGACAUUGAGUCGAUUCUUGCAGUUCACAAUCACAGGUCCUAGUAGAGGUCACCCAUCAUAACCUGCUUCUGACACUUCGCGUACAUAGCAAUCCUUCUUCUUUUCGGAAUCGCGCAUUAGCUCUCCAUGUAAUAUUCUGCUCUUAUUCUGUACGUACAAAGCGUGAAGUACUAUGGGAAUCGAUGAUACAUUCGUAGUUUUAUCAUCCGU